CAAGGCUUCCUCACUGAUUGGUCUCAGUUUGGGAAAGGACGUGACAUCAGCAACUUUGCAGACUUGGGCUGGGGGGCUGUUGUGAGCUUUGGCCAGCCUCCAGCCAGCUAGGUGGAGCGUGUGUAUGUGUGUGUGUGCGCGCGUGUGUGUACACGCGCGAGCGCGCGUCUGGGCGCGUGCGUCUGUCUGACCACAGGUAGUGCUCAGAUUACCCUGCCUGUACUGUUCUCUGCUGUUCUCUACCGUCUGCCCAGGACGGUGCGGCUCAGCCAGCCACAGCACUGGAAUCCCAGGAGCAUGGAAUUUGGAGUUCUGUGAACAACUGAAGUGGAACACAGACCUCUCCUGGCCUAGGAAACAGCACCAUGGACGGCAAGCCAGGGGGCAGGAGCAGUAAGUCCUUGAGACCAGAAGACAAUCCUGACACCAGUUUCUUUUCAAACCCAUGGAUGGGGGAUAUUGUGUCUGAUUGGUCUCCUAUGCACGAAGCUGCUAUCCAAGGACGUCUGUUGUCUCUGAGAAGCCUCAUCAACCAGGGGUGGCCUGUGAACCUCAUCACAGCAGAUGGUGUGUCCCCACUCCAUGAAGCCUGCCUUGGAGGUCACGUCUCCUGUGCAAACAUUUUAUUAAAGCAUGGAGCUCAGGUGAAUUGUGUCACCGCCGACUGGCACACUCCUUUGUUCAACACCUGUAUCAGCGGCAGCCUGGACUGCAUGACUUUGCUUCUACGUCACGGUGCCAGCCCCCACCCGGUGAGCGACCUGGCAUCUCCCAUCCAUGAAGCUGCUAAGAGAGGCCACGUGUACUGCGUCGAGAUCCUGGCAGCUCACGGAGGCAACCUCAACCUCAACAUCAGCCACCUGGGCACCCCUCUGUAUGUGGCGUGCAGGAAACAGCAGGUGGCCUGUGUCAGGAAGCUUCUGGAGUCAGGAGCAAGUGUGAACGAAGGCCGAGGUCUGGACUCCCCUCUUCACGCAGCGGCCAGGGCAUCCAAUGGGGAGCUGGCCAUCCUGCUCAUGGAUUUUGGAGCGAACCCCCAGGCCAGGAACGCUGAUGGCAAAUGUCCCUUGGAGUUGGUGCCUCCAGAGAGCCCUCUGACUCAGAUCUUCUUGGAGCGUGAAGGUGCUUCCCCCUUGCCCGAGCCUAGGCCCUAAUCCGUAGAGACUCCUGCGGGCUCUAGCGGGAGACAGGGCCGCCUUCUCUGCUGCAGCUGUGCCGCCUUCAAAUCCGGAAGUGCUUCGGAAUCCAGCAGCAUCAUAAGAUCAACGAGCUCUUUCUCCCAGAGGAGCUGAAGCGUUUUCUCCUACACAUGUAAAUGAGCUAGCUCAAAAUCUCAGGGGGAUAUCACAGGCCGCACACGAAUGUGGUUGAAUGUUGUGGCCACCGGCAUUGUGAAAUAAACCCAGGUUUAUGAAGCUUGGCUAA